AUGGACAUUUCUGUUUUUCCUAAUAGCAACCACCCUGACAAGUUCCUCCAGCUGAAUGUUGGGACAUUGGGGGCAAUGCAGGGUGUGUUCCAGAUGGGAACCUUUAUGUCCAACCAGAAACGAUGGCAGAACGGGAUCUAUUCUCAGUGGGAGAAAACGAUAAAAGCAGAGGACAGGGGGCCCCCAACCCAAGGCAGAUCUGUGGCAUUUGUGGACAAACACUUGGAAAAGCACAUCACUCCAUUCACUCUGACAUCAAACAUCAAGACAAAUCCGCUGUACUCAGACAUAGCCCCAAAGGAAGACAGGGAGAUGGAAAAGCCCAAGCCUUCUUGGACUAUCAAAGACUAUCACACCCAAACUAUCCAUCGGCACCUAACAAACUAUUUAAAGGAAAAUACUCCUAAAGAUUUGGACUUUUGGCUUGAAGAUCUUUACACGCCAGGAUUUGACUCUUUACUCAAAAGAAAAGAAGCUGAGGAGAGAAAGAAAAAACUUUGUAAAAUUCUUUCCUUGGUUUUUUUAUUUGUUUGUGGAGCUCUGGUUGUCAUUAUUGUGCCAGUUUUGGUUCUGCGUAACAACUGAUCAAGUGUUGUCUGUAUUUACAGCUUAGUUUGUACAUAAUAACGUUUCCCGGCAGGUAACGCAAUGGCCGAAUCUGAAUUCUUCCCUUACCCCUACGGCUUCUCCCUGGCCCAACAUUUAGCCCUCCAAAUGGAGAGUUCUAGAAAAUUCUGCAUUUUGAAACUUUUUCAAUGCAUAUUUUUGAGAGAAAUCCCAAUGAGUGUAAACCUGACCAUGAGAUGUUGGAAACGUUUGCUCUAUUUUAAAUUCAAGGGAAAUUUUUAUUUGCAGAUGGAAAGCACAGCAUAGGAUGGAUCUGAUUUGAUUAUCCUCACAAGCCCUUUUAAGCCAACUUUCUAUCACAGAUCUUGUAGAGGACAUUAUAGGAGCAUGGUGACAUAUGGAUUUGGGGUUCCUGGAUUGGAUGCUGUUCUAUAAAAAUUAAUGACAAAACUUGGUCCAUUUUGCCCCUUGACCACUUAGGAAUAGAUUUAACUGUUUUGGAAAUUUAUUGUUGAAUUGCACUCACUGGCCACUUUUUAGGCAUUAACUGCUCAUUAAUGACAAUUUCAAAUCAGCCAAUCACAUGGCAGCAACUCAAUGCAUUUAGGCGUGUACACAUGGUCAAGACAAUCUGCUGCAGUUCAGAGCAUCAG